AUGUCUGGGAUACUAACAAAUUUAAAUAUCGAGAGUGGUUAUUUCAAUGAAGAUAUAAAAGAAGAAUCGAAUGAAUCCAAUUUUAUGUAUGCCAAUAUUAGUAUGUUAAUAAGAGCAUAUAAAAAAGAUAGAAAUAAAUUAGUAUUAUUAAAUAAAAAAUUAAAUCUCAUAAAAAUAGUAGGACUAGUAUUAAAUAUUGAAGAAAAAAAAGAAUUUAUAAUAUAUACAAUAGAUGAUACUACUGGAUGUAUAAAAGCUAAAUUACUUUUAACAUAUUCAUUAAAUAGUUAUAAUGAAAAAAAAGAUAAUAUAAAAAUAAAUGAUUUAAUACAAAUAUUUGGUAUAUGUAAUACUGUUAGUUUAAAUGAAGACUUAACUAUAUCUAUAAGUUCAAUUCAUAAAUUAGAUUCUUUUAAUUAUUUAUGUCAUCAUCAUUUAUUAGUUUUUCAUGACUAUCUAAAAUAUCAAGAAGAAGAAAGAAGAAAUCCAAUCGAGGACAAAAGCAGAAAUGACGAAGAUGAUUUGGAGUCCACACAAAAUAAUGAAAAUGCUUAUUUUAAUACAUUCUUUUAUUAA